AUGACAAAAGUCAGGAACAGAGGACCUGACGGUUUUGGUUAUGUGUUGCGGACGGGCGACGACAGGGAGAACCGUAUCAUUAAUUUGAAAGAUAUCAACACAAAACUACACGAAACGCAAGUGAUGUUAAUGAUGAAGAAGUUGAGGCCAAAGAGGGACGCAAUGGAUAAUCUAAUCUACGAAGUGGUGGCCGACGCUGAGAAGGAUGAGCUG